AUGGCCCCUACAGCCCUCCCCGCCCCUGCAACCACCAUCCACGAGACUGUCAAGGCAAAGCCAACAAAGUUUAACCACCCUCUCGACCCUCUCACUCCCGAUGAAAUCAAGUCUGUUUCACUCGCCGUAAGACAUUAUACUGCCACCCAGACGCCCAUCAAGGCUGUCCGCUUCAUAACCUGCUCUCUCCUUCCGCCACCAAAGAAAGCCGUCCUCGCUGCUCUUGGCAUAUCUCUCACCCCAGGGGGAAAACCAGAUCCACUUACUCCAAUAAUCAGAAAGGCGGAGGUAGACUUCCUUGAUGUCGUCGAAGGCGGGAGUUAUAAUACCAUCUUAUCCCUCAAGGACGGUGAAUGGCAUGUCGACCUCUUCGAGAAGCUCCCUGAAGGAACAGAGCCGCAGAUCACUGUACAGGAGCUUGAAGCAUGCGAGCGUAUUGUGCGCAAUGAUCCUACUGUGCAAGCCGCUGCUAAAGAAGUUGGUAUCCUCCCUGAGCAAAUUUUUGCGGAUGGCUGGUCCAUUGGCUAUGACGACCGUUUCCCAAAGAACAUCCGGCUUCAACAGGCACUUCUGUUUGCCCGUUUCUCCCAGCAUGAUAACCUCUAUGCACAUCCUCUUGAUUUCGUUCCUGUUAUCGACUCUAUUGCAGAGAAAGUUGUCCAUAUCGAUUUCCCUCCAAAGUAUACCAGGUCCGCAGAUGGCACUCCAGUAUUAUCCGUAGCCACUACUGCUGCGCCUCCCCUUUCCGAUGUUUCUUUCACAGCAUCGAAUCGCGAACGUGUCCCACCUCCACGCACUGCUUUCGACUUCCUCCCAGAUAUCAUGGCGCAGACGGAUCCAGAAUACAAACCACGAGAUGACGUAAAGCCAUUGCAUGUCGUUCAGCCAGAGGGUGUCAGUUUCAAGAUGGAUGGCCACGUUCUGGAAUGGCAGAAGUGGAAGAUGCAUAUCGCCUUCACUCACCGCGAGGGAAUCGCACUAUCUACUAUCACAUACAAUGACAAUGGUGAGAUCCGCCCUAUCUUCUAUCGCCUUUCGCUGGCAGAAAUGGUGGUACCGUACGGGGCACCAGAAUUCCCUCAUCCCAGGAAAUUUGCUUUUGAUACCGGUGAGUACGGCAUGGGCACAAUGGCAAAUGAACUUUCUCUAGGCUGUGACUGUCUCGGGCAAAUUCACUAUCUUCCUGGUGCAUACGUGACCCAUGAAGGAAAUGCGUUCGUGAUCAAGAAUGUAAUUUGUAUACACGAAGAAGAUGCAGGCGUGCUUUGGAAACACACUGACUACCGUCCGGGAGGCCGUUCACAGACGGUCCGCAGUAGACGCCUCGUCGUCAGCAUGGUGUGCACUCUCGCUAAUUAUGAAUACAUCUGGAAUUACUACUUCUAUCAAGACGGUAAUAUCGAACUUGAAAUUCGUCUUUCGGGCAUCCUUCAGGUUUAUGCCUCUUCUGAUGGCGAACCAAGUCCACAUGGCACUAUCGUGGCACCCAACGUGAAUGCACACUAUCAUCAACAUAUAUUCUCUGUUCGCGUUGAUCCUAUGGUUGAUGGGCUCUACAACUCUGUGGUAGAGUCGGACAUCGUACCGCUUCCGAAUGCACCGACAGGGUCUAUCGCAAAUAUUGCAGGCAACGCGUUCAUUUCACAGGAUAAGGUCCUCACGUCUCAGGUCGAACAUGGUGCACGCGACUUUGACUGGUCCCGUGAACGGAGAUGGCGGAUCGUGAACCCUGCCAGGAAACAUUACGCAUCAGGCAAAGAGGUCGGCUACGCCGUUAUGAUGAAGGGCGGGGCAACACCGCUUCUUGCAUUGAGCGAUUCGUGGAUGGCACGCCGAGCCUCGUUCGCAGGAAAGGCCAUGUGGGUAGUCAAAGACGUGGAAGGUAACAAAGGUGGCCGGAUGUGGCCCAGUGGGAAAUACGUGCCGCAGACCCGAGAUGAGCCAGAGGAUUCGGUUGGAAAAUGGGUGAAGAACGGCGAGGGCACUAUUGAGAACGAGGACAUUGUUUUGUAUCUUACUGUCGGCACGACGCAUAUCCCUCGCCCUGAAGAUUGGCCUGUCAUGCCCGUUGAGCACGUCAACCUUUUAUUCAAACCUAAUAACUUCUUUUCGAAGAACCCGAGUAUGGACGUACCGGGAACGAAAGACCCUCACAGUGUCCCUGCAUUCUCAAAUAGCAAUGGUGUUAAUGGUACGAAUGGACACCAUGAGAGCAAUGGAACCAAUGGAGCCAACGGGACCAAUGGACAACCGUGCUGCUCAAAUUGAUAAGGAGAUUUAUGACAUGUCGUAUGAAAUCAUGUAUCUUGGACAGCGAUGGAAAAGGGGGCGUAUGUAUUACCACAACAUGUUGCUUCUAUUAUCUGGCAUUGUAUGUAUCGCUAACUUACUAUUGUCGUUAUAUAUUGCCAUCCUUUUAUAUAUGCUUCUGUACGGAGAAGAUUGAAGCGAGUACAGCAUGGCUUCAUGGUCACAAGUUCACUUAUGGAUGACAGCGUGUACG